AUGCAGAAAGUUUGUAUUUUGUUGCUGGUCAUUCUAUCAGCUGUUGCUGAAGAUGAUCUGUGUGAUUAUCCUUGUCCACCAACGGCUCCGCCAUGUCAUCCUAUAAGAUGUCCUGAAGGCACAGUGGUUGGAUGGGCUCACGAAUGUCAAUGUUGUCCAUCUUGUGUAAUUCUCGAAGGAGACAGUUGUCCUUGGAGAGGCCCUGAACCACCCUCUGGACCUGUUGAAUGUGAAAAGGGUACAGAGUGUUGUGAUUGGGAAUGCUGUAGGGAUUGUGACAAGUAAUCAUUGCAACGACGGAUGCAUUUAAUAUACCGACAUACUUCUAGCUUUAUAUAA